AGAGAUGAGUAGAUGGCGCUAGUAGUAGGUGUUCCGCAAGAGGGGAGUUUCCAAACCGUUAGUGAACCAUAGUGGUUAGAAAGAUGAAGAGGUGGUGGUAGAAAAGUGUAUAGUGUAAUAUACGUAGUAUGAUAUAUUGAAGAUCUGCAUCAAAGCCCACAGCCUUCGUACUUUUUCUUUCUUUUCUAUGCGUCAUUACUUGAUUAAAGUAUACGAUACUCGAGUACUUGAUGGAAUGAAUAUUCUUAUGUAGAGCCUUAUAAAAGGAGUAAAUGGAGUGGUAUCAAAUGCGGCAUGACGUGCUCAUCGCGUUUCAAAAAUGGACAGACUUCGACUGUUGCGCAUGGAAUUGCCGUCUGCCACCAGCAUAAACAAUACUGGAAGCGUCAAAGGAAAUAUUAAAAUAUCUUUUGUCAAAAGAAUGAUAUUAGGAUUUGUAAUUUUGGCUGUGUUAGGCCUAUUAUAUGUACCAGCAUAUCAUUCAGCUCAGGGUCCAUUUGUAGGCUUAGGUGAGACUCCGUCCCCUACAGAGCUUCUCAGUGGUUCACAUUUGGUAGCCACUGUAGCACAGUUACCUGGUUGGACGUACAACACUUCAAGAGAUGUAAAAAAUUACAUUCAUCCGGAUAAUAUCACUUCCAUUUUAAGUCCAAUCGCUAUUUGUUCACCACCUCCAUAUUUAAUUGUAAUUAUUUGCUCAUCAGUUGGAAAUUAUAAUGCUAGAAUGGCUAUUAGAAAUACUUGGGCUAAUAAAAGUAAUUUAAAUGUUUUAUAUAAUUCUACGGUUAAAGUUGCAUUUCUUCUGGGACAAAGUGAUAAUGAUACACUCAAUAGUCUUGUAUUAGAAGAAAGUCUUCUGUUUAAUGAUAUAUUACAAGAAAAGUUUUCUGAUACUUAUAAUAAUUUAACAUUAAAAUCUAUUAUGAUGUUAAAAUGGGUCACUUCUAAUUGUGCAGAAGCUAAAUUUAUUAUGAAAACGGAUGACGAUAUGUUUGUAAAUAUAGUUCUUUUAAUGAAAACCUUGCAGGCAAGAACACAAUCUAAAGAUAUUUUAUUGGGAUCUCUUAUUUGUAGUGCUAGACCUAUAUUAAAUCCUACAAAUAAAUGGUAUAUGCCAAAGUAUAUGUAUCCUGAAAAGGUUUAUCCAAACUAUCUAUCAGGUACAGGAUAUGUAAUGAGUAUUGACACAGCUUUUAAGUUAUAUCAAGCAGCUUUGUCAACACCUCUACUCCAUUUAGAAGACGUUUACAUUACGGGUCUUUGUGCAAAACAUGCAAAAAUAAAUCCUACUAAUCAUCCAGGUUUUAGUUACGCGCCAAGAAAAUUGGAACCAUGUAUACUUAAAAAUUCCAUAACUACACACAAAAUUAAUGCUUCUACUAUGUAUACAAUAUGGAAUAAAUUGAAUAAUAGAAAUAUAACUUGCAAUAAUAAACAAAUUCAUGCUGAUAAACAAGCUGUUAGCUUAAGCAGAAGUGGUAGAAAUGUUGGUUAUUACAUGGUGAAAAGAAGAGUUGUUAGUAAUAAAUGUGUUUAGCACAUAAUUGAUUGAAACAUAAUUGAAAAUGUUGGUAUUAUUAUAUCAAGUAUCAUCGUAUAUUGUAUAUAAAGACAACAUAUAAAUGUCUUCAAAUACUUUUCCAUAUUACGUAUAACAGAAUUUUGGAGAUAAUGUUAAUGUGUUAUUAAGAUAACAAGAAUUUGUAAUUGAUACUUGAAAGAAGGUUUUAUAUUUUUCCAUUUUAUGCCAUAGUAGUUAAUAAGGAAAUGCUGUCAAUUAGAUCACUACGUAUGUCAGCUUGCUAUUGGUUUAUUUGACGAUAACAUCUUAUCAUUUAUUAUAUUUUCGGUAUAUUAUUAUUAAUAUUAUACGAAAGAAUCUCCAAUAUAUAUAUAUAU